AUGUCAACUGAAAGAACUUUAGAAACACAUGUACAAUCUGAAGAUAACUAUAUUGAUAUAAUUGAUAUAGAAAAUCAUACGCCCGUAACAUCACCUUUAGAUAAUACUAAUAUAGAAGAAUAUACAAAAAAUGCGUUUGAUAAACUUCUUAAUAAAGAAGAACAUGAUUUAGAUUUUCAAGCUAAAAAUAAAGGAGGAUCAAAAUUUCGCAGUUGGGUAAUUGAAAAGGAAGCACUUAUUGCAGCACUUUUGGAUCCACGUAAAAAAAAAACAGCAUUUGCAAACAAUGAACAAAAGCGAAGACCUGAUACUUCAUGGGUAAUAUUUCAAGAUAUCUUACUCAAUUUGUACGAAGUUGGAUUAGUAAGAAAACGGCAAACUCAUAAUGAAAGAUACAUGUAUCAAGCUGAAGAAUGA